UGGUUCGAACGUGCAGAAAUCAAGUUUCGACCGGGUCGUUUUGACCAACUACUAUUCACACCUCUCCAUCUCCGACAACGCCUCCAGUAAUUCAUUCAUUCAGUUGCAAUACUUUUCAAGGUCAAUGCGCUUUUGAUUCUCCGUUUCUUUCAUCACUCUGUUCAAUUGAAUUUCACACUAUCAAACCAACUUUUCAAGGUCAUUUUCUGUAAGAUUCUCUCCUAUUUGUUCUAUUUAUGAUUCAUCAAAAUCUUCUAUUUACCCAUUUUAUCACUUUUUUCUUUUUAAUUUCUAUAUUCAUCUUUCAUUAUUGGUCAGAAUUAUUGAUUUUGGAAUCUGAAAAUGCUGAAAUGAGGAACACAAUUGUGCUUCAAUUAGUUGUUGGAUUUGGAUUGUUGAAAUUUUGUAGGGAAAGAUUAGUGGCAUUAUAGUUGAAUUGAGGAAUUGAGAUUAUUCUAACUAAGCCAACAAAGUAGUAUUUGGGAGGAAGGACAAUCAACAUGACUAUGAUGAAGCUUCCCCCUCCCCAACAAAGUAAACAAAUGGCAUAUCAUGGCAUUGAGAUUUAAAAUUGCCUUCUAGGAUAUCUUUGAAAAUUGGCACUGGUGAAGAGAUAUUUAGAUACCUCUUGUUACAAAUAAUGUGGAAAAAACUCGGUGAGUCUUUAUCAGGAGAUAAUGAAGAACAAGAGGAGAGCUGGUUGGAUGAGGAUUCAGGUGGCCUCUGCUCCCUCUCUACAACACAGAGAAUUUAUGGAUUUGCUGCUUGUUCGAUUGCUGGUCUGGCUCUCAUGUUACUGUCUAUGAUUGUUUUUGCCAAACCCAUCAAAUUUGCAUUAUUGUUCACCUUUGGCAACCUCUUAGCAGUUGGAAGUACAGGCUUUCUUCUUGGACCGGCACAACAAAUGGCAGUAAUGUUUGACCCUGUUCGUGUUUUUGCAACAGCCAUCUACCUCGGAUGUGUAGUUAUAGCACUUAUUUGUGCUCUCUUGAUCCAUAGCAAGGUGCUGACGUUACUUGCAAUCAUAGUCGAGAUCGGAGCCCUUAUUUGGUAUAGCCUGAGUUAUAUCCCUUUUGCUCGAAGAAUGGUUUCCGAGUUGAUGAUUAGAUUAUGCGAUACAGAACUCUAAACCAAGAGGAAAAAAAAAACAAAGAUGUCACUUGUCGUCUAUCGUAAACAUGGUUGGUCAGUGUUUGGAUUUUGUGGAUUGAUUCGUGGAGAAGUUGGCAUUGUUGAUGUUGAUUAUAAAGUUCAGAUAUUGGUUUGAUUUCUUGUGCCUAUGAAGCUUCUUUCGGCCUUGAUUUGGAAUUCAUCUUCCAUACCCCUAUUCAUUUCAUUUCAAUUAAAAAAGAUAAUGGAUUGAAAUUUAUACAAAGAAGUUUGUUUUUUCAUUUUUUGAAAUGGUGUUUUUUCCAUAUCCUAUUCUAUACUUAUUUUCUUGCUAAACAUGUAAUGAUAAUCCCGGAAAGGGUGUAGAUAGAUGACAUUCCCCCUUUCUAAUCCCUGUGUAUAUGUUUGGUAGUACUGUGGGAAUGUCAGAAUUACGAUGAUCCAAUGUGAUUUUCCAAAAGCUACACUCUGUAGCUUCUGUAAAAUUAGGCUGUAUCACCGCCAUGAUUUUGACAUAUAAUACCAAACAUAAGCUUUGUAUUACUUUGAUUUGGGCUCUAUUGGCCCCUAGUUUGUCUUUCUUCUAUGUGUUUGUUAUCCAAUUUUUUUUAUAGAAGAAUUAUAUGAUAGAAAAUUAU